AUGAAACGUUUCGAGAAGUUUAGAGAAAACUCCUCCUCUCAGAAAGCAAAAAAACCCAAGUCUGCAGGAGCAGUAGGAGGAGACGCAGCAGGAGGAGGUGUAGCAGGAGGCGCAGAGCAGUGUCCUGCCUGUGGCUUCAUCUUAAAGGUCCACGAUGGAGAAGAACAAAGCAUCGAAGUCACUCUGGAGCUGGAGGAGCAGGAGGAGCCAGUGAGUGAGGAGGAGGAGGAGGAGGAGGAGGAGGACUCUGCAGAUGAAUGGACUCCCAAAUCCACUCAUCAGAAGGAGAUCAAAGCUGUAGAGCAGAGUGAGGAGGAGAGAGGAGGCCAGGCUGAGUCCCCACAGGAGCAGCAGCUGUGUCCUGAGUGCGGUGCCUUCUUUGUGGCGACACACACGUGUGACAUGAAAAACAAAGUGUGUGUGUGCAGCGUGUGCAGCCAGAUGUUCAUCUCUGAAGCUGCUCUCAGAGUCCACAGACACACACACUUAGACACACAGACACACACACUGACGCACACAGUGACCGACACACAGCAGUUCCUCUGUAAGUUCUGCAGCCUGAGCUUCAGGACCAGAGUGGACAAACUGGCUCAUGAGCUGAUCCACCUGAAGCAGAAGGACUGUCACAUCUGUGCCUCUGACUUUGCCUCUGAGCAGGCCUACAUCAGACACCUCCUGCUGCACUCAGGAGAGAAACCUCCCCCGUCUCACUGUCACCACAAGAGAAACCAUGUGCUGCUGCAGGAGGAGCAGCAGGAGCACCCGGAGGAGCACACAGAGGAGCCUAAAGGUCAAAGGCCUCCAACUGGACGACGCAAAGGUCGACCAAAGAGGAGCCCAGAGGAGCUCAGUGCACAGAAGAAAAGACUGAAGACACAGUUCACUGAGUCCCAGGACUGA